CCGAGAUUGAUGAGAGUCGCCGAUUCUGACCAUUUUAUCUCUAUCGCUCGCCGAGAAAGAGAGAGAGAGAGAGAUAUAUUUACAGUCUGAAGUUCGCCGGAGAGAUGGCGACGCUGUGGAUCCUCUCGUCCCCUCCGAUGCUUCAUCUGCCCAGCGGCGGCGGCCUGAGCACCGUCAAAAGCAGUCCUUUUCUUGUUCCUCCUCCCCCUGUCCUUGUUGAGCGGAGGAGAUUUUUGAGGAGGAGAAGUCACGUGGUGCGCAUGGCUCCUGAGGAAGAGAAGAUGACUCGUCGCUCCCCUCUCGAUUUCCCCAUCGAGUGGGAAAGACCAAAGCCUGGGCGAAGACCUGAUAUAUUCCCACAGUUCAGCCCGAUGAAAACCCCAUUGCCACCUCCGUUGCCAGCAGAUCCUCCUGAAGAGGACGAGGAAGAAGAGGAAGAAAAGAAAGAGGAAGAAGAGGAGGAUCCCGACAAAGAAGAGCCUGAAAACCCCGAGAAGCAGUAAUCAGUUCAAAUCUUGUUUAUGUUUAAAUCUUAUUUAGGUUUAGCAAAUGUGAAAGUUGUAUUCUGGCGAGAAUGAGUGCAAGUCAAUCAGUUGAUGUGGGUUACCAAGUACUCAGAUGUCAAAUUUUGAGGUUCGUCAUCUAUAUAUGAUCUCAUGAGUUUUCAUGGUUACCGACCUUGUAGUUAUACGCAACUUACCUUAUUUAUUUUCAAGGUGAAGGUAUUACUAAAAGUUGAUGGUUCGAGUUUUA